CGUGCCCUGUAUCUGAGGGCGGUGCCUGGUAGCAGCCGGUGCAGAUGCUUGUUGUUGAUGUUCAGAAAGUACUGGAAAAGUAGAUUAAACCGUGUUUAGAGAUGGGAACCAGAGAUGACGAGUACGACUACUUGUUCAAAGUCGUACUAAUCGGAGACUCUGGAGUGGGCAAGAGUAAUCUGCUCUCCCGGUUCACAAGAAAUGAGUUCAACCUGGAGAGCAAGAGCACCAUCGGGGUGGAGUUUGCCACCCGCAGCAUCCAGGUGGACGGCAAGACGAUAAAGGCUCAGAUCUGGGACACAGCUGGACAGGAACGCUACAGAGCAAUCACCUCAGCGUAUUACCGGGGAGCAGUGGGGGCUCUUCUGGUUUACGACAUCGCCAAACACCUGACGUAUGAGAACGUUGAGCGCUGGCUGAAGGAGCUGAGGGACCACGCUGACAACAACAUCGUCAUCAUGCUGGUUGGAAACAAGAGCGACCUCCGCCACCUCAGGGCCGUGCCCACUGAUGAAGCCCGAGCCUUCUCAGAAAAGAACACUGUCUCCUUUAUUGAGACCUCAGCCUUGGACUCCACUAAUGUAGAAGAAGCCUUCAAAAGCAUCCUCACAGAAAUCUACCGUAUCGUAUCUCAGAAGCAAAUAUCGGAUAGAUCAGGAAAUGAUGAUUCUCCGGGCAACAAUGUAGUGGACAUCAGCGUCCCCCCGACCACGGAUGGGCAGAGGGGCAACAAACUCCCUUGCUGUCAAAGCCUGUGAUGCUUGUAUUUUCUUCUUUCUGUCAGUCCCUCCUUUCUUCGACUCUGCUUUACUCCCUCUGUCAUGCUGCUGUCAAACAUGAUACUCUCAAUGGUUCUGAUGCCUCUGAUCCAAGACUCUUGUAGCCAACAUUCCUUUUUGCUGGUUUCUUCUUUGUUUUUUUCUGUUUGUCUUCCUCUGAUUUCAGGAGACCCUGUGUCUAUAUAAUGUGUUUCCUAUAGGGAGCUGAUCUCAGCGCUGUAGUAAACUACAUUUAUUUUUAAUUAACUCACUAUGGUCCUGUUGACCCGCUCCUGUUGCAGGAACGGUGAGGGAUUAGUUGGCCUGUUUAUCAGUGCUCCAAGUCGUUUGUACUUGCCUCCUUUUCUUGGCCAGAGGAUACAGUCCCAUGACAUGAUCUGCUAAAGAGGAGUCCCAGUUUUAUGUCUGGUAGACGUGGCUCUGCCAAUCACGCAGUGUGGAUGUAGAAAAGGAGAUGAGGAGACUGUGAUGCAUCAGUACUUUGGAGUAUCCAUUUAAACUCUGUCUGGAGUUCCUGGUCGCCUCUUUAGUUUUAAUUUCCCCUUCCCAGCCCUGUGCCCACCGUGGCAAUAAGUUAGCGUGAGCCAGGGACCAGACUGGCAGUGACUGUCAGACUUAAUAUGGGCAAGUGUGAAACAAACUUGAGUGUUUUUAUUUGUGUGUGUGCAUGCAUGAGUAAGUGUGAGUGUUCAUCUUAGUGCACAAAGAUACCAAAGGACACAGAUGCAAUUGAUAUCAGUUUGGUGUUUUCUCAUGUAAGUGUGUUUGCAGUUGCUGAGAUGAAAGAUAAUCUGUAUUUGGCAAAAAAAAAAAAGUAAUGCAAUAUAGCAAAAGUAUUGUUAUUAAUUGUGAUUAAGUGUUUAUUGUAGUAUGAUCAGCACCCAGAAGCUACGCUAAGGAGUUCCUGUAAUGAGGUGGCUCAGGUCCAAAUUCUUUCAUCAGAAUGUCAUAAUGAAAAUCUUUCUUGCACUUGUCUAAAAAUUUCAGUGAAACAAAUCACCUUAUAGUUUUAAAUACACUUAACUUCCUUAGUAAGCAAGGUGACAUUUCCUAUUGCUUUUGAGGGAGGGGUUGGCUGAAAAGAACACAAUGCACUGUAUAUAAUAUAUUAUAUAAGGUUAAUGGUUAAAAGUUAAAGAUGAUACAAACAUACUUUCGAAACACUUCACUAAAGCCAGACACAGUCAUUAGCUGGGAAAUGGAACUGAGAAUGAGAAAUGCAAAUUGUUUACAUGGUUGGCUGAAAGGCUGCUCCUCAACCAUCUGGUAGAAAUCCUGUCAUGUGUGAUAGAUCUGAUGCAUCUGUUGUGAUAUUUUACAUUUCUUUAAAUCAAUGUGUAAAAUAAGCACACCCAAGCUUGUUUGCACAGAGAAUACUGAUUCAUAAAUAAAUAUAAUUUACAUAGCCA